GACUGAAAGCAUCUCUUAGUCAGUGCAUUUCAUUCUCUGCAUUGUAAGUGAGGCACUAUGACUUCAGCUGGACCUGAAGCUAACCUGAGAUACCACAACAAGGUGGUUAUUGUUACAGGAGGGACCAAGGGAAUUGGUGAAGCAAUUGUCAAAGUGUUUGUUAAGAAUGGAGCCAAUGUGGUAUUCUGCGCAAAAGAAGAAGCUUCCAGAGUUGUUGAGAAGGAGUUAAAAGAAUAUGGAAUUGGUACUGCUCUGUAUAUCCAGUGUGAUGUUACAAGGGAAGACGACAUUAAGAGGCUGAUUGAGGAGGCAGUGAAGACAUACGGACGAAUAGAUUGUCUCAUCAACAAUGCAGGGUGGCAUCCUCCAGAACAGAAAAUUGAUGACACUACAGCGCAGGAGUUCAGUGAUCUAUUGAACCUGAAUUUGAUUGGCUAUUUCCUGACUGCAAAGUAUGCUCUACCCUACCUAAGGAAAACAGAAGGGAACAUCAUCAAUAUUUCAAGUCUUGUUGGAAAAAUUGGUCAAAAACAUGCAAUUCCAUAUGUGGCGACAAAGGGAGCAGUCACUGCAAUGACAAAGGCAAUUGCUGUUGAUGAGAGCCAAUACAAUGUGAGAGCAAACAGUAUUUCCCCUGGGAACAUAUGGACACCGCUAUGGGAAGAACUCUCAAACCAGUCUACAAACCCUACAGCAAUGAUCCAAGGUGGAGAAGAUGCACAGUUGUUGGGUCGAAUGGGUACAGCUGAGGAGUGUGCGAAGGCAGCUUUGUACUUGGCAGCCGAAGGUACAUUCUGUACAGGCAUUGACCUGCGUCUUACAGGAGGAGCAGAACUGAACUAUGCUAAUAAGAAUCAAAGAAAAACACGCAGCAGCAUUUAUCACUAAUGUAAUACUCUGAGUAGUUUGCAAUAUUCUAAGACUGAUUUUGAAGAUUAAUGAUUUAGUUUUUUUUAUAUCUUUACAAACAAUAUCCAUUUUUUUUACUACUAAUUAAUGCCACUGGGACACUUUUAUAAUUGUUACAAAAGGAACCUAAUUCUUUUUUUUAAUGGGACAUUGAUAUCAAUAUUUUUCUUGUUUACAAGAAAGCAGUUAAACAUUUAACAAAUAUUUGUUUAUAUAAAAAAAAAAAAAAUCUUAAAAUUGAAAAUAAAACAGGAAGAGCAUGUGUAUAACUAUUACCUGCUGUCUGUUGCUCAUUGGCUGAUAGUUACAGCUCACACAGAAAAGUUGAUUCGUCUAUUUUUAAAAGAAACAAAGCACUGCAAUAGAUUUUGAAAUGUUGUUGUUUAGAUGAAACCCCAAAAAUGUGAGUACAGUGCCCUUAAAGAGACAUGAAACCCAAAUGGUUUAUUUCAUGAUUCAGAUAGAGAACCCAAUUUUAAUAAAGCUUACAAUUUACUUAUAUUAUCUAAUUUGUUUCGCUGUAUUUGUAUUCUUUGCUGAAAAACAUACCUAGGUAAGUUCAGGAGUAGCUAUGCACUACCGGAAGCUAGCUGCCGAUUGGUGGCUUAACAUGCAUGCUUCUUGUCAUUGGUUCACCGGAUGAGUUCAACUAGCUCCCAGUAGUGCAUUGCUGCUCAUUCAUCUAAGGUUUCCAAAGAGAAUGAUGCAAAUUUGAUAAUAGAAGUAAAUUGGAAAAGUGUUGAAAAUGGUUCUAAAUAAAAAAAGGAAAAAAAAUGUUUUUAGUUCCCUUUAAAGGGAGUUAAAACCCCAUUUUUUUCUUUCAUGAUUCAGAUAAAGAAUAAUUUUAAACAACACUCAAUUUUACUUCUAUUAUCUAAUUUGCUUCAUUAACUUGGUAUCCUUAGAUGAAGGAGCAUCAUUAUUAGGGUAUCCUUUGUUGAAGAACUAGCAAUGCACAUGGGUGAGCCAAUCACCCAAGGCAUCUAUGUGCAGCCACCAAUCAGCAGCUUACUGAGCCUAUUUAGAUAUGCUUUUCAACAAAGGAUAUCAGGAGCAUGAAGCAAAUUAGAUAAUAGAAGUCAAUUGAAAAUUUGCAUGAUCUUUCUAAUCCAUGUCUCUUUUAGUCAAAUGUAUUAUGUUCAUGCUGUGUAUACCAAAGGGAAAAAAGUCACCUUUGCUUUAAAUACAGAAUGUUGAAUUUUUAUUUUAUAGUAAAACAUUUCUGAAAUGCAAAGGUGCAUUUAUUUUUUAAAACGGUUUUAUUAAAAAAAAAGGUGCAAAAAAAGAAGAAAUAUUAUCUUGAUAUCAAGGUUAUAAACCAAUGGUUAUGAUUAUAUAUUUAUAUAAAUACAUUUCCACAAGAAGUGCACUCUCACCACUAUAAUCAACUGCCAGGGUGCUAGUUGAAUGAAUAAAAGAAAAACAACAGGCUUGCAUUUACUGGACUUUUUCAAUUAUUUUACUUGUGCUGUGACGUUUCGGGGGAUACAUCUUUGAGGAAGGGGAGCUGUCUCCCCCGAAAUGUCACAGCACAAGUAAAAGAAUUGAAAAAGUCCAGUGAGUGCAAGCCUGUUGUUAUAUUAUUUAUAUAUAAAAAUAAUAUUGGCAUCCUUGGUAAAUAUGAGCAAAGAGGGCUGUGAAAAAUUGUCUUUAUUGUUUAACCGUUUGAUCAUUUGUUAAAAAAAAUACUCUGCUCUCAUGGAUAUCAAACAAUUGCAAAAAAAAUGGAUUAUGGAGUAUGUUUUUAUAAUGAUAAUAUGUUUAUGACAUGGUGUUCAUAAAAAGGUUUCACUUUA